AUGAUUGUCCCGGUGGGCAACUGCCUAGAACCGUCGGGACGCCCAUCAAUCACUGUCUCACUCUCCUCAUACGGUCAUGCCAAUGGCCCAUUGGUAACACCAGAAAUUCAGGAACAGAACUCAAUUCUGUUGUCUUACAAUAUUCGCCAUCUUCCAAAUCCACCACGAAAUCUACGUGCCAUGACAACUGGCCUGUCACCUCGACUUCGGAAGGAGUUUCUCAAGAAUGAAAUCGUGGGAGGCUUCCUUGAAAGAGCGCAGAAUGAGAUCGUCAACUCACUCAAGACAUCUUGUGAUGCAUUAUCCCAAAAAAGUAGUACUCCCGAGGAACCAAAAAUCUAUGGCAAUGAGCCUGAAAUCACGACAACCAGUACUCACCAGAAACCCAAUAUCUUACUAGUUGUGACUGUGUGUUGUGAGGAGGGCCGCCACCGGAGUGUUGCUUUCGUGGAAGAAUUAGCGCAAAGACUUUCUUUGCUAAGAGAUGGUGCUGAUAUGUCUCGUUCUUGGAAACUGAGUGUUACUACUUUCCAUCGAGACUUGGAAGCCUUGGGGGUUGCCUCUAAUGGUCUGGACUCGGUGGCAAGUCAACAAAUAGGAAAGUCCUCUGCUAAGAUUAAACGAGAAAAGGGAAAAGAUUCAAGAAGGCUCAAUCAGAAGAAUAGGAAUGGAUAUGAGGAUGAGAUGGUGCAAUGA